CAAAGCUUUCUAACGAUAAUGGAAAAGCUAAGUUCAUUCUCUCUCCUAUGUUUUCUUUCUCUAGCCAUACUCCUCCAUGUCCAACCAAUCUCAGCGGUUGAAUCUCCCAAUUCUGAACCCAACAAAGCCACAGAUUUCAUCCGUACGAAGUGCAACGCAACUUCAUACCCUGAGCUCUGCUACACCUCGCUCUCCGGCUUCGCCAACGCCAUCAAGGAGGACCCGGCUCGGCUGGCUAAAGUCGCCAUAGCCGUCAGCCUCUCGAAAGUCAAGCACAUGGCCAACUACGUCGCCAACAUCUCCCGCCAAGCCGACAAGGGCGGCAACCGGCGACUCGCCUCCGCCCUCGACGUCUGCUUCGAGGAGUUCGGCGGUGCCGUCGACGGGAUUCGCGACUCGCUCAGGCAGAUGAAGCGCCUCGGCCGUCCCGGCCAGUCGCAGUCGCUGGGGUUCCUGAUUAGCAACGUGCAGACGUGGAUGAGCGGGGCGCUCACGUGCCAGGACACGUGUACUGACGCAUUAGGGGAAAUCGACUAUGAUGGGCCGGUGAAGACGGACAUCUGUGAUCGGGUUGUUAAGGUUUAUGACGUCACCAGUAAUGCGCUUGCGUUGGUGAAUUCUUUCGCUGAGACUGUUGCGGCUCCGUGAUGGAGCUUUGUUGACCGUUCGAUCUUAACUACUAAAUGAGAUUUCUUAGUAGAAAUAUGGUAGGUUCUUUAAUAUACUAUGGAGAGUAACAUUAAUAUUUAGUUGAAUAUUUAUCCAAAAAAAGAAAAAAGAAAAAGUAUUUAGUUGAUGAGUGGACUGUAAAUGCUAAUUUUCUCAAGUUGGUGAGUCAUGUUACAAUUUGUGUGCGCUUUAACCCUUAUUUCAGUUGCUUAGUUACAAUAAAUUUUUUCUUGGUUUC